GCUAGAACGUUUUUCAUAUUCAUCUUCAGUUAUAUUCACAUUUACAGCAGAACUUGAGGCUUGGGAUCAUUUUUUGAAAAUAGACUUCGGUAAUGCAAAUUUCACAGAAGAGUGGAAGAAAACUUUAAUCACAGAUAUGGAAGGCAGAAUCAAAAAGGAAUCUGCUGUUGAACAGAUUAAAGCCUACUGCUGUAGCCAUGAGAAAAUGGAACAAUUUGACCCUAUGAUUAGCAAAGCUUUUGAAAACUGUGCCAUUGAUGCUGUAAAAUUCGCAUACCAGGAACAGACUAAUCUCCUUGACCUGAUAUCCCAUUACAAUCUGAGCAAGCUGGGUAAACUUGUAUCUGCUGCCAUCAUAAAAUCAUGGCCAACUGAUGUAGCAGGGAAGCCUAUAAGAGAUUUGGAAGGCGUGCUGAAUCAUCUGCUUGUUUGGCCAGACAUCAAGCAUCUUUUCAUCUUCAAUGGUGCAGUUGGAAACAUUCUGGACCAACUUACUGAAGAAGCCCAGGAGCUAAUGGCCAGCGCUGACUCUGUAUAUACAAAGGUUUCUGAUGAACUCAGGACAGGCCAUAUCCUAGUUAAACAUUUAGAGCUGGUUUUAAAGCACAAGAAGCAGUUUCUGUCCAUUUGGGAACUAAGGUGCAAGCACCUUUCGCUGUUGGAUGAAAAAGAGCACAGAUCAAAACUAGAAGGAAUACUUGAGUUGAGGCUGCAAGAACUACUGUGUGUCAAGAGGGAGAAAAACUGUUUGGAAUCCCUCUUGAACAUGUGCAGGAAAGUGCAAGAGUAUAUAAAAGUGGAUACUGCUGAAAUAGAGCAGAAGCACAGUGAAAACCUGGCCUCAAAAGCAUUGGAAGAUGUUGUGAAUGUGAGAGACAUUUCCCAGAGUGCUGAUAAAAUUGAGACAUAUUACCACCUGAGUCCAGCCCUGAAGAAAAUAGCGGAAAUUGUGAAUAACUUUAAAGAGAGUGACGUCUUCCAGUACUGCUGGGAGUGGGCAGCCAAAAAUCUUGUUGUUGAUGAGGAUAUUGCUGCUCUGGAUCUUGAUGAAGUGCCUCCCUCCCUUUUUGAUCCUUGUUACAGUGAAUUCUUGAGGCUAUAUAACAGUCUGAAAUCUGGAGAGCUCAUGUUUUCUGAAGUAGACAUGCUCUUCAGAGAUUUUACUAACCGUUACGAGGAUCUGAAAAAGGAUUUUCAGGUUAUGUGCAAUCUACAGCGUCAAGAUGUUGGAGAAUGGAUAGAUGAGCGGAUUCAACAAAUCCAGCAGUAUCAUGAAUUGCAUUUGGCUAUGGACUCUGCUAAAGUUAUCGACAAGGUCAGGGAAGGCUUGAAUCUCUCUGGUGACUUCAGAGUCCUGCAACAGUUACUUAACUUUGUACAGAAAUUCCAGUUUCAGCAAGAGAAACUCUCCUCCAUGAGUACUGAAUUGAUGCGUGUAAAAAAAUCGCUGCAAGACAUAACUGAACCACGUCGUAGGUGCCUUGAGGAGCUUGCACUCAGGAGGGAUUUUGUCAGCUGGGUCAAAGAAUCCCUGGAAGAUAAGAAUGAGCUGAAGGUAUUUGUGGACUUGGCUUCUAUCUCUGCGGGAGAGAAUGACAUGGAUGUGGAUCGUGUGGCUUGUUUCCACGAUGCUGUGCUUGGCUACUCCUCCCUGUUAUAUGACUUGAAACGGGAAUCGGGAUUUGGGGAGCUCAUGAAGUGUUUGAGGAAACUUUGGAAAGCUCUGGAGAGUGACAACAACCUCCCAAAGAAACUGCGUGAUUCUGCAAGAUACUUGGAAUGGCUAAAAACAAUAAAAGAGAGUCAUGGUUCUGUAGAACUGUCAUCUAUAUCACUGGCAACUAAAAUCAAUAGCAAGGGAAUCUACCGAAUUAAGGCGCCAGCAGAAGGCCGGAAGGUUUCUCUGGAUACUGUCUUGUGCCUGACUAUCUCAGAAAGUCACGGUGGCCAAGAAGAGGAACGGCAGUACUCCCUGGAAGAGCUCCGAGAAUUGAUGAAUAAACUGAUGCUGAUGUCAGGCAAGGUAGAACAAGGUGCAGAAGUAGAGAAGUUUUCAGAGGUAUUUUCUAGUGUCCAGAGGCUUGCACUGUCUUUCAUCGACCUUUAUUCUGCUGGAAACAUGCUUUUCCGCUCUUGGGUCGCUGGUGUAUAUUGUUCACCCAACCAUGAAUUCUGCCUUAGCAUGGACUUCAAUUUAAUUUCAAAUUCUGUCCUUAUUGGAAAUGGAGAUGUCACAGAAGUUCUCCCAGUCAUUUGCCGAAAGAUGGAGAGUUUCCUGGAAAAGUGGAACCAGUUUAUGUCAGAGAAGCGAUCCCAGUACUAUUAUUUGAAUUACUAUAUGGCAGAACAGCUUGUAUACUUGUGCAAGGAGCUUGGCUCAAAGUGCCCCAGUGAGGCUGCCUUAACAAUGCUGUCAUUUAUAAAGCGCAACUGCAGCAAGCAAGAUGUCCAGGGGAUCUCCCACCAAGUAGUAUCUAAAAAAGCCGAUUUAUUUGGGCUGGUGGCAAGAGAAAAAGAGUUGGCUGUACAACUGGAGUACAUCUGGGAGUCGUACAUGGGAAGUAUGGGCUCAUUCCUUCCCAACUGCCUGGACAUUGAAACCCUUGGCAUUUACUUGGCCACCCUGGCAGAUCUGGAGAAGAGGAGUGUUAUGCGAAAAUUGCCACAAGGUCUUCAUGCUGGCAGGCCUAACCUCAUUCUCUGCCCUCGCUCUGAGGUGUUGGCUUCGGCAUUGGCCAUCUACAUGAACAGUCCAGGGGAGAUGCUACCCUCUUAUGAUGAAGUCCUGCUCUGCACACCACAAACCAGCUAUGAGCAAGUGGCACUGUUUUUGAGGCGGUGCCUCACUCCAGGCUGUAAGGGGAAGAAGAUUUACACCUUGCUGUUUGCAGAAGAGUUGAGUUAUGAUGUUGGCUACAGGUCUGAGGAACUUUUCCAGAGUCUUCACUUAAAGCAUCAGGAUGAUUAUAGGCUAGUGAUUCUCUGCAACUGUGAGAGGGAGCACUGCUAUGUCCCUUCUGUCUUCAGCCAGUUCAAAGUUCACAUGAUCCCUCAGCAGCCCCUGAAGGACAUUCAGGGCUACCUUGGGAAUCAUUACAAAGCAACACAGCCUCCAAGUUCAUCGGCUUCUGUCUUCAAGGACCAAAUGUGUGUUGGGAUUGUAGUUUCUGAAAGAGCUGGAGCAGGAAAAUCUCUCUAUGUAAAGAGGCUGCAAGAGAAAAUGGAAGCAAAACUACAUCGCUCUAAAGUGCCAUUAAAAACUAUUAGGUUGAUAGACCCCCAUGUGGAUGAAGGGAAAGUGCUGAAGUCUCUUCUCCCAUUCCUGGACCAUCAGUACCAGAAACAGCCUAUGAUAUUUCAUUUCGAUAUCACUUCUUCAGUUCAUUCUGGAAUUCCAGAAUUUCUGUUCAAGCUCUUAGUUUUACAGUACCUGGCAGAUAUACAUGGGAAACUCUGGCUGCGGAAACAGUGUCAUUUGUAUGUUGUAGAAAUUCUUCAAACAUCUUCGUCACCAAAAAAACAAACUAGAUCUUAUUUUCCAGGAUUGAAGUACAACUUCAUUGAUGUGUUCCCCAAAGUAACCUGCAGAUCUCCCAAGGAAGUCCUAGAAAUGGACAUGCAGAGGAAUCUGUCCUAUGAUUGCUCAGACCCAGGUAUAGAUCAGGAAGUGUUCCGUAGCGAAACUUUUCAGAGACCCUACCAGUACUUGAGAAGAUCUAGCAGAGGAGAUUGUCUUGACACGUUCCAGUAUGAAGAAGGCUCUGUUGAAGGGACACCAGCAGACUGCCUGCAGAUGCUCUUGAUCCAUUGUGGAGUGAUAGAUCCUUCCUGGUCAGAACUGAGAAACUUUGCUUGGUUUUUGAACCUUCAACUGAGAAAUUGUGAAACUUCGGUGUUCUGUAACGCUGAUUUUGUCCACGAUGCUUUACACGGCUUCAAAAAUUUUGUUGUCACAUUUAUGAUUUUAAUGGCAAAGGAUUUUGCUACACCAUCACUAAACAUUUCUGAUGAAAGCCCUGGGAAUCAGUUUUUUGACAUGGAAGGAGUCACAGAAGAAGAUCUUGCUCCAUUUCGUAUUCGGAAGAAGUGGGAGUCAGAACCCCACCCAUAUAUAUUUUUCAAUGAGGAUUCUGAAUCUAUGACAUUCAUUGGCUUUCAUCUCAAACCUGGUGCUAAUGGUGGUAUUGAUGCCAUCAAUCCCUUGAAUGGGAGUGUCAUCAAGAGAAAUGUAAUGACAGCUCAGCUGUACCAGGAAUUGUGCCUUCAGAGAGUUCCUUUCAACAUUAAUUUUGAUGCACUGCCCAGACAUGACAAAAUUGAGAAACUUUGCAUGGUUUUAGGAAUAAAGUGGCCAAUUGAUCCUGAUGAUACGUAUGAGCUCACAACAGACAAUAUGCUAAAGAUCCUUGCCAUUGAAAUGCGAUUCAGGUGUGGUAUCCCUGUUGUCCUCAUGGGAGAAACUGGCUGUGGAAAAACCAGGCUAAUAAAAUUCCUGUGUGAACUACGUAGGAGUGUUUCCAGUGCCGAUAACAUGAAGCUUGUCAAGGUCCAUGGAGGCACCACAGCAGAUGUAAUUUAUGCCAAAGUCAGGGAAGCAGAAGACAUUGCUAUUGACAAUAAACAACAAUACCAGUGUGACACCAUCCUGUUUUUUGAUGAAGCCAACACCACUGAAGCAGUCAGCAGCAUCAAAGAAGUUUUGUGCGAUCGCACAGUUGAAGGACAGCCUUUGGUCCACAACUCAGGUUUGCAAAUCAUAGCUGCAUGCAAUCCUUAUCGUAAGCAUACAGGGGAAAUGAUUCAGCGCUUGGAAUCGGCUGGCUUAGGCUACCGUGUCAAAGCAGAGGAGACCAAGGAAAAGCUUGGCUCCAUUCCUCUUAGGCAGCUGGUAUACCGUGUCCAUGCGCUCCCUCCUAGCAUGAUCCCUCUAGUGUGGGAUUUUGGACAGUUGAACAACGUUACUGAAAAACUCUAUAUACAGCAGAUUGUGCAAAGACUUACUAGGUCAAUACCAAUGUCUGAUGCUGAGCUCCAGUUAAUAACAGAUGUGCUUUUUGCAUCUCAGACGUAUAUGAGGCAAAGGAAUGAUGAAUGCAGCUUUAUCAGCCUCAGAGAUGUGGAGCGCUGCGUGGAAGCCUUCAAGUGGUUCCACAGCCACAGUGAACUACUAAUGAAUCAUCUGGAGAAGCAAGUUGCAGAGAGGAAGGCAGCUAAAGGUUUUGUCCAGCGAGACCCAGUCAUUUGGUCCUUGGUUCUUUCAGUGGGUGUUUGCUACCAUGCUUCCCUGGAAAGGAAAAGGGAGUACCGAAGAGUCAUCAGCACCAUCCUUCCAAAGCCAUAUGAUGAUGAAAAGGGAAUCCUUGAAGAAAUUGGCUUAGUUCAGGAUCUCUUCUUGAGUGACCUGCCUCUGAGGGAAACGAUCGCCAAGAACUUGGCUCUGAAGGAAAAUGUUUUUAUGAUGGUUAUCUGCAUUGAACUUAAAAUCCCCUUGUUUCUCAUCGGCAAGCCUGGCAGUUCCAAAUCUCUUGCCAAAACGAUUGUGGCUGAUGCCAUGCAAGGCCAAGCAGCAUAUACAGAGCUUUAUAAAGAACUGAAGCAAAUCCAUUUGGUGUCCUUUCAGUGCAGCCCACACUCUACCCCUGAGGGAAUCAUCAACACUUUCAAGCAUUGUGCUCGCUUCCAAGAAGGAAAGAACCUAAAGGAGUAUGUCUCUGUGGUGGUGUUAGAUGAAAUUGGCUUGGCUGAAGACUCCCCCAAAAUGCCUCUGAAGACCCUUCACCCGCUCUUGGAAGAUGGCUGUGUUGAUGACGAUCCACUCCCUCAUAAAAAAGUUGGCUUCAUUGGGAUAUCUAACUGGGCUCUGGAUCCAGCUAAGAUGAAUCGAGGCAUCUUUGUAUCCCGUGGAGAACCAAACAAGAAGGAACUCAUAGGAAGCGCGAAGGGUAUCUGCUCUUCAGAACGCGCCGUCCUGCACAAAGUUGACCGUCUCUUUCCCAUCUUAGCAAGUGCUUAUGAGGAAAUUUGCAAGACCCAAGGCAAGGAGUUCUUUGGGUUGCGUGAUUAUUACAGUCUGAUAAAAAUGGUGUUUGCUUUAACCAAAAAACUGAAAAGAGAGCCAGCUUCCCGUGAACUAGCAGAGAUAGUUCUCCGUAAUUUCAGUGGUAAAGAAGGUGUUGAGGCCUUGAACAUUUUUAUGUCUAGGUUCUCAGAAAAAGGAGAUGUCAUCCCUGGGGACAUUGGUACAAUUGAUCUAGUUCAGCAGAACAUUUACAGUGACUAUGAGGAUGGUGAAUGCCGUUACCUGCUGGUGUUGACGGAAAAUUAUGCAGCCCUCCAGAUCCUGCAGCAGGCUUUUUUCAAAGAUACACAGCAGCCAGAAAUUAUUUUUGGUUCCAGUUUUCCCAAAGACCAGGAAUACACCCAGAUCUGCAGAAACAUCAACCGAGUGAAGAUCUGUAUGGAGACAGGGCAGAUGGUCAUUCUUCUCAACCUGCAGAAUCUGUAUGAAAGCCUCUACGAUGCCCUCAACCAGUAUUACGUUCAACUUGCUGGUCAAAAGUAUGUUGACUUGGGCUUGGGGACCCAUCGAGUGAAAUGCAGAGUGCACCCUGAGUUCCGUUUGAUUGUCAUUGAGGAGAAAGAGGUGGUCUACAAACAUUUCCCCAUCCCGUUGAUCAACAGGCUUGAAAAGCACUACCUGGACAUCAAUACUGUGUUGGACAAGAGGCAAAGAGACACUGUGGAAGAAUUGAAGAAGUGGGUGGACAGCUUCACAGCAGUUGAAACUGAAAAAUACUUUAUGGGCCAGCAGAAAUAUACCCCUUCUGAUGUCUUUGUUGGCUACCAUCCUGACACCUGCGCCUCAGUUGUCCUGCAGGUGACGGAGAAGCUGAAAAUGGAUACUUCCCCUCAGGAUCUGAUGCGAAAAGUACAAGAAGAAGCCAAAUUGGUCCUGUUGAACUGUGCAACGCCCGAUUCUGUAGUCCGCCUUGGUGAUUCACGGCUGGGUUCCUUUCUGGCAGAUGACUUGGCCAGGAUAUACUUUCAGCAACAACAUCACACUUCUCUUGCAGAGUUCCUUCGUGCUUGCCUUGGGACAGAGUCAUGGGGUUGCACAACCUUUAUUGAGGUUACAACUUUCUCUAGACUCCUGACUGCGGCAGACACAGAGACUUUGAAGACAGAGCUAUGGGACAAUGUAGGCAUUCCAAAAGUUCUUUUCUUACAACAGUUUGACACAGAACAUUCCUUUUUGAAAGAAAUUCGGAAUUCUCUUUCUGUUGCACCUGGAACUAAAAUACUGAUUAUUCAGACUGACUUUGAAAAUGGAUCUCUCAGUGCCCAGAUUGUUGCCUCAGCCAAAUACUCAGCUGUUAAUGAAAUUAACAAAAUAGAUCUGUGUGGAGCCUCAGUGUUUGUGCUCUUCAUCGCUAAGCUAUCUCGGAUUGAAGGAGGAAGUUCCUAUGUGGGAUUUCAUGGAGGAAUGUGGCAAUCAGUGCACAUUGAUGAUCUAAGGAGAUCCAAGGAUAUGGUUUCUGAUGUAACUUCCCUGAGGAACAUAACCCUCAGCCAGCUGUUUGAUGAAGAUACAGGGAAGUCUGCACAAAAACAUGAAGAGUCAUUACAGGCAGAAAGCUCUUGUUUACAUCAGUUCCCUUUUUCAGAGAAGAAAUGUGCACCAGCUUAGUCUGUGUUGCUUCACAAUAUUAAUAGGCUCUCUUUCUCUAUUCCUGGAAAGCCCAAAAUCUUGGACACCACCGUUCUUCUGAGGAGCUGUGUGCAAAGUGCUGUGGGGAUGCUAAGAGACCCAAAUGAGAGUUCCAGCCGCAGCACUAGGAGGAUUGAAAUUCUCCUUAGCCUUCUUUCUGAGGAAAGUGAUUUGAAAGCCUUCUUCCUGAAGAUAACAAAGAAUCGCCUCUUAACCCUUUUGAGAAAGCAAGAGGAGAACUCUUACAUCAUGAAAGAGUGGGUGCUUCGGGAGGCAUCAAACCUAAAUGCCCUCCAAGAAGCAGGAACUUUCAGGCACACCUUGUGGAAGCGGGUGCAGAGUGCAGUUAUACCAUUUCUGGCCUAUAUGGUGUCUGUCCUAGACAGAGAUGGCAACUUGGACCUGCUGGUUAGACCAGAAACAGAAAGUUGUGUGAAAGCUCUGUGGAUGUUCAUCUUCAAUGAUCUCAAUCUUCUAAACAUCCCUUACAUUAUGAGUGAGAAAAGCUCCCAAUCCAAGACAAUUCUGGUGGAGAAUUCCUUUCAGGUGUUUACAGAUGCUGGCAAUGAAAUGCCCUUCAGCUGGAGGAUAAAGGAUUUUUUGGAAGACCUUUGGGUUCAAGCCCCAUAUGCCAUUGGUGAUGAAGGCCACGCGGAUAAGUUUGUAGGACUCUUUCAGAAGACACCACUGGGGCAGCAUAUUGCUGGUCUCUCUGCUGAAGAAAGAAACAUUAUUUUCCAUUGUUUUAUCAAAGACUAUAUCCGCCUGAUAAUGCAUGUGGCCUCUCCGAAGGAGUUAAAUUUGAUGCAGACAGCUCUCUUAUCAUGCAUAGAGGAAAUGAAGGCAGCCUCUCCCAGUGCAGAGGAGGAGGUGCUGCCCAUCUCCUGGAUCCAUCUUGGUUACCAUCAGUUUAGUAGUCGUCUGCAAAACCUUUCCAGGAUUCUUGCUGUGUACCCUGAGGUGCUCAAUGCUCUCACUGAACAUAUUGAGAAAGGGGGAAGCCUCUUGCAUCGUCAAAUGGUUUUGGAUGUGCUUGCUGCAAUUGCUUGCACUGAGAUGUUGGAAGAAAAACUGUUGAACUGCAGAUCUCAAACAUGGCUCCAGCAGGUGAAGAAGCUUCAAAUGCCAAUUGAACUUGUGUGUACAGCAAACUACUUUCAAAGCAAUGAGAGCCAAUGUGACCAGCUGCUCCAGGAAGUCAGGAGCCGAUGGAAUCGGGUUUUCUCAGUCUCUCUCUUUGUGGAACACGUGCUGCUUGGAGCAGAAAAGGUGAUCCCAGAGAUGGUGGAUCUGAUAAAGCAAUACACCAUAAGACUUGGAAAGUGUUUCCAGUGGAAUUCUGACAUCAAAACUCUUAACACAUUCACUGCAGUGAUGGAAGUGCUGUGCGACUGCAAGGAUAAAAUCAGUUCAGCAUUUUGCAAGUAUGGCUUAAGACCGUGCCCAAUUUGUAUAGGAGAUCCUAAGGACCCAGUCAACCUACCUUGUGAUCACGUAUAUUGCCACAGUUGUAUCAAACAGUGGCUGGUGGCAGGACAGAUGUCCUGUCCGCUUUGCUUGGUUGAACUACCAGAAAAAUAUUCUAUUGAAGUAUCCAAGGAGCUCAGCAUUUCCAUAGAAAAAAAUGCCCAGUUCCGUAAGUUCUGCAACAGUUUUUUCAUAGACCUGGUUUCUACUAUGUGCUUCAAAGACAAUGAACCCCCAGAAAAAGCUGUGAUCCAGAUGCUACUGAAACUCCUGUUUUCCCAUACAAAGCCUUUGAGAGGAAACCCCAGGGUGCAUACAAAAUCUCUGUCCCCUUUUAACGAUAUGGUCGAUAAAACUCCUGUAAUUCGUUCCGUGGUGCUAAAGCUGCUUCUGAAAUACAGCUUCAACGAUGUGAAAGUCUAUGUACAAAAUUAUUUAUCGGAAGUAGAAUCAAGCUGCAUCCUAGACAAAGAUGAUAAAACAAAACUGUACGUGCUAUUUGUCAACUGCCUUGAAGAUUCUAUGUGUGAGAAAUCAGGAGCCUCCUCUGAGGAAAGCAAGGCAAACCGGCUGAGAGAGGAUGGGCGUUUCCUGGAAAACUACUUACAGUGGAGCAGGAACAGCAGUGACACCCGUCAAGAAGCCACCAUCGAGUAUUUGCAGGGUGUGGCCCACAUCCAGCUGUGCAUGGACAGGGCUGCAGAGCUGCUCUUUGAGCUUCAUGGAAAUUCAGAAAUGGCGUCAGAGAAGCAAUUCUACCUGCAGAAAGUGAAGCGCUUCUGCUGUCAGACUAAAAAUGACUGGUAUAGAGUUUACCUUGUCCGAAAGCUUACUAAUCAGUAUGGAAUGGAAUUCACACAGAGGCUUUCCAGUGAACAACAGUAUCUCUGGGUAUUUCCAUCAGAAGUAAUUCAACAGCAACAGAGUCAUCAGCACAAUCAGAUGGAUCGGUUCCUGGUAUGCGGCAAAAACUACAGAGUGGUUCGUGAUGCUUUGGGAAAAGCAAUAAUAGAAUGCCAGGCAGAUGGUAUUGCAGCAGCCCUGAAGGCAUGCAAUGUCUCCAAGUCUGUCCAAGCUGUUCAUUUUCUCUUGGCUGUCUUCAGAGAGUUCACAUCUCUAUAUGGAUGCAAGGAGCCGAAUCUUCAUCCGAAGCAGGAGCAACGUGAUGUUAUCAAGGAGUUCAUCCAGAGCUCCAAAGUUCUUCCUUCUCCAGAGCUGGAGAGAUUUGCAGAAUCUUUGAUGGAUAACCAUCUCCCCUCACUGGCACUGAGCCCCCAAGAUUCCAGCCACAAGAGGGUAGUGAUUGAAAUGGCAAUUCACACUGCUGCUGUCUUGCUGUCUGGCCAGAAUCGAAUCCUUGAACCUCUAAGGAAUCUGGCAUUCUCACCUCAUACCAUGCAGGUUGCUUUUCUGCCAACAAUGCCAGAAGACUUACUGGCUCAGGCUGUGAGAUGGGAAGCAGCAACAGGACUUCAUUGGUAUACAUGUCCAAAUGGUCAUCCCUGCACUAUUGGAGAGUGUGGCCGUCCCAUGCAACAUGGUACCUGUGUUGAUUGUGGUGCUGUAAUAGGAGGCGAAAACCACAGAGCAGUGCCAGGCUUUCGUGAAGCACAAAAUAUUCAGGACAGAUCACAAACUGGCCACGUGCUUGGACAUCCUGGAAAAAGAGAGGCUGAGGUUGCAUCUGAGAGGGAGAUGUCUCCAGCUGUCCUAAUUCUGAUUCGCUUGCUCACUCAUUUGUCGCUGCUUUUGGGAGCCACAAAAGAUCGCCAGUCCCUACUACAGAUCAUAAAGCCACCAGUUGAGGAUCCGGUGAGCUUUCUCAUGCAGCAUAUUCAUAAGGACUUGGAGCAACUGAUGAAUACUCUUGGGAAGAGUGCUGAUGAAACCACCAAUGUUAUCCAUCUCAUUCUUUGUAGCCUUCUCAAGGAGCCUCACCAACAGACAGGCCAGUGGCCAGUGCGUUUUGAUGGUCAACUCUCCAAAAAAGAGCAAAGAAACAGCUGGGAGGGAAUUGUUGCACGCAUCAUUCUUCCUGAACUGGAGGUUCUGGAUAAAACACUUCUGGAGUUGAAUCGACGAAUCAGUGAAGAUGAGAGAAUCUCUUCGAACCCAGUAGUGAAAGUUGUAUAUGGGGACCCUGCAGCCUUCCUGUUCACACUGACCAAAAGCCCUGUGCACUGUUCCAGGAUGUGGAGCUGCAAGAAGAGGAUCUCCAUUGAGUACCUGGGGCACGUUGUCCAGCAGAAAGGUGGCAAGGACACACUGCCCAUCUUAUGGAAGUUUCUGCAAAAGGAAGCUGAAUUGAGACUGGUGAAGUUUUUGCCAGAAAUUCUGGCCCUGCAGAAAUACUUAGUGAAAAGGUUCCAGAACGUGUCAGAACUGGAAUACCGAAAGAUUGAAGAUUUUCUCAACAUUUCCGCAGAAGGCAAGAGGUGCCUUAUGACAAACAGAGUGAAGAUAUUUCUGGCUGUUUGGAACAAACUGAGAUCUUCCUUGGAAACCAGUGGUGAAAUUAAACUCCCCAAAGAUUAUUGUGCUUCUGACCUCACUCUGAAGAGUGACUUUGAGAUCCUUCUGCCUCGCCGACAUGGUCUAGGCCUCUGUUCCACUGCCUUGGCCAGUUAUCUCAUUGGCCUACACAAUGACUUUGUCUACACCGUAGAAAAAUAUACAACAGAUGCCAAAAGAUACUCUGUCAGCCCUGCCGAAGUGACGGAUCUACAUGUGAUCACUUACGAGGUGGGGAGGGACUUGAUCCCACUGAUCCUAUCCAACUGCCAAUACAGCAUGGAGAAAGGAGGAGAAGCCCUCCAGGAACUGGAACUGGAAAAAAUUGAGCAGCAAAUCACUAGCAGAUUCCUACAGGGAAAGCCUUUAAUCACAUUGACAGGCAUACCCACUCUGGUAUACAGGCAUGACCAAAAUUAUGAGCAUCUCUUCAGUGACAUCAGAACCAAGCUGAGCCAGAGCUCUCUGCCAAAUUCCACAAUUGGCAUGAUCAGUGGGGAGCUGCUAUCCUACAGUGACAUCUGUGAAGCUGUGUCUGUCACUGAAAUAACCUUAGGAUUCCUAGCUGUGGCUGGAGGAGACCCAGAUAUGACUUUGACUAAGUAUGUUGAAAAUGUCCUGCAAAUGGGCCGUCAGAUAAGUGACCAUGUGCUGAAGGUGCUGAGCCGAUGUCACCUAAAGCACAUUAUUGCACUGUGGCAGCUCCUUUCAAGCCAUAAAUCUGAACAGCUGCUGCAUCUGAAAAAGGAUCCCUUCACAGAGGUCAGCGAAUCCUAUAAAAAGGAGCUCUCUGCAGAGAACACAAAACUCCUCAAUGCCUUCCUUAUGCAGGCUGGGCUGGAGUCCUUCCUCCAAGAGUUGCACGAAAUGAUCAUCCUGAAGCUGAAACACCCCAAAGCUCAGGAAGAGUUCAAUCCCAAGUGGAGCCUUAAGGACACACUUAUUUCAUACCUUGAAACAAAAGGGAGCAACAUACCAGAAGAACUAGAGGAUACAUUCCCAGAAGAGAUCCUGCUCUCCCAGUGUAUCACUGCUUGGAAAGUGGCAGCCGCUCUUAAACGAGACCGAAGGCUUGGUUAAAUGUGGACACUGUGCUGCUUCCUCUCUUCUUGGCCAAGCCACUUUCUGGGGAAAAAAUUCCUGGAGAUGAAAGCCACUGGAUUGAGGUGCUGCUUUUCUUGCACAAAGCAAAAACAAAAAGCACCUUUUGGAUAACACACGCACACACACACACACAACCUUUCAUUGCUGAAGGAGAUCCUAAUGGAAAGUGUCGCUGCGCGAUAUUAAGAAUAAACUAUAAAGUGUAAAUCUUAAUUUAAGCCAUAGAAGCUAAAAUGAAAAUGAUAUUUAUCCCCUAGUAGAGCACAAGCCGAAAGAUGCAAACCACAUUCAGAGGAAGGCAAAAAGACAUUUUCAGUGGCAAAUUUAGAGGGCUAGCAUCACAGGUCCUUGAAAAACCAAGGUAUAAAUUGUCAGUAUGGGGCUAUAGAGCAGGGGCUGUGUGUUACCUUUCUGUGGGAUGUCUCUUCCCUUAAGUCAUUCAGGUCGGCAAGAUACAAGGAACCAAACCUCUUUCCCUCAGGUUUUUUCUUAGUCUUCCUAAGUGCUACCAAAGCUGCCUUUCUCUACUAUUAGGGGAAUCAUUUGUUUGUAACUUUUCUUUUGCCAUGGUUUUGUCUGUUAGUCUUUGGAUCAGGGCACCCAAACAAAAAUUGUCAAAGCUUGGUCAAGGAAGUUUUCCAGGUGACUUUCUUAAAGCCAUUCAGCAGGCACAGACUCGGAACUAGCUCAACAUCACUGCCUACACAAGAAGCAGCCAGUCAAGGUUACCUAGCCUGCCUGUUGUUGGCCAUUGUGAAUAGGUAGGCAGCCUUCUUCAUAGUCACAUGAGUGUCAAAAUCUGCUUGUUUCACAGCUGGACCCUUGUAUGCAUAAACUUGGUUUUCCUUUCUUUGACCUCCAGGACUUAGAUAUUCUAGUUGAUGUUAGUGCUUUGAAUAUAACAACUGAUUCGCUGCUGAUGUUAAAUUUGCAACUGUGAUCAUGAUUAACUAUGCCAUCUUAAUUUCUGUUUGGGCAGAAAAAAAAUAGCUCAAGCGCAUUUCUCUGAUCAGCUUCAUGAAGGAAACACUGAAAUGUGUUGGAUUUAUUGGACCAACUAGGAUGCUUUCAAAAAUAAGAUAGUUAUUUUAUUUCAUUUAAAUAAUGUUACGCUUAAACUGCCAGCUUAUAUACAGCACAUUUAGCAGCUUGAGAUGCUGUGCCUCAUUAAAACUACAAAAGGAGGAGAUUGUGUGGAAGUGAUUAAGAUUUAUUGAAGGAGGAAGAAAAUACCACUUACUCCUGUGUGAACUGGUGCACCAUUAAUUGAAGGAACGUUUUAAAAUUUCUGUUGGAACUGUAUUCAUUUGUAAUUUUAAGCACCUUUCACAAAUAUUCUUGUGUUGACAGACAACCCAAAAUAUUUUUGGGAGGAAUUUCUCAGGGUGAAAGUAAAGUAGUAUCUGCCACUGCUAUAAAUGAUACUAGCCAAGUUUUGCUGGUGCUCUAAGUUUUAUGUGCUUUAUAAAUAACAAGGUUCUUAAUAGGUAAUCAUACCACAUGUGCUUACACCGAACUCUUUCUUAAAGGGCUAUCAAAAGCUCAUUUCACAUAUUCUGAGUUCUUGCAUUUCUGGCCAUCUGUAUAACUUCCCUAAGCUUCACCUGUUCAACAUGCAUAAUCUAUUGAUAAUCUACAUUGGGUACUAAAUACAGUUUAUGAGUCACUGCUGAUCCAACUGAUUGUUAUUUAAGUAGUUACCUUAUUACUAGAAAGUUCUGAGUCUGGGGCUGAGUUGCUUACAUUUGCUCUAUUUCCAAACACGAAUACAAGGGACAGGACACAGUGAAGGAACAAAAUCCAUUAUUCUCCUUGUGGAUGAUGCAUUUGGCUGUGAUAAAACUAACACUGUACUGG